AUGUCUCGCACGCUCACACGAUAUGGUAAUCUUUUGGAUAGCGGAAAGUUUGUUUCGCGUUAUGGCUCCAAUGGCUAUUUGUCCAAGACCAGCAGCACUUCCAAAGAAUUGGUAAAUGCCAUGACGCUGGAUCGGUAUUCAACGUACUUAAAUAACUACAACUGUUUUGUUUUGCUGCGGCCACGCAAAAACGAGGUCCACUUGAAGAACCAAAAUCUUCUGUGGCGAUCAUUCUGCGGAGAAGUGAAAUCUUUCUACAGAGACUCGUCCAAGACACAAUCAGACUUGGAUUUUACAAUUGCGCCCUCACCUGUAUUUUUUGAAAAACCACCCAAACUCUCGCUACUGGAUAAACUACUGGACUCUGAACUGAACUGUGAUGGAAGAAGCUGGUUUUGUUUCUUUCAGAACCUGGAUUCGCUGCAUUCAACUGCCGCUUUCCGCCAAUAUCUCGAACACACAAAAUCCUCAACGGACCCAGCUACAAGAUUCGAGCCUGUUGUGGUAGCCAUCAACAUGGGUGAUCACAAUUCCACAGCAAUCUCCUGCAUACAACCGCUACUUGAAGACUCAUCCCAGAUGUACAGAGAUCUUGACUACGACAAGCUACUAAAAAUUGCCAAGCAAUCUCAGACCAAGAGCUCCGAUCCUAUGCGAAAAGAGGUCAAAAGCUUACUAGAGGCAUUAGCAGAAAACAGGAUCUUGGUCCCGCGUAUGACAAAACGAGCCCGGUGGCUUCUGCUGACAGUCGAGUCCUUCGCUGCUGACGAUUAG